UUUCAACGGGUCAGGAUGAAAACAUCUCAUUGAAAAUAUAGCUGUAUUUUCUUUUGAGAUAAAUGGUUUUGAAAGAAACGAAACUUGAAGGAAAGUUUGUGCGUACUGAAUUUGGCCACACUUCAAUAAUUUUUCCACAAGAUGGCGACCCCGUGGACCAAGGAUUCCCUGCUUGAGGCGAUUAAAACGAAUCCUGACUUCUGUGUAAAUUGUCCCACCCUUGCUCAAGAUAUCUCUGAGCAGCGGUUAAAUCUCCUCACUUUAGUUGAGCACCUGAAAGAUGUACUUACUGAUCCAGAGCCUUCACAAAGGGCAGUUGGCACUUUGGUCUUGGCUACUGUUUUGCGAGACCUUCCAAAAGAUUUUGUACGUGAAAAUGAGUUGAAGUUCAUCACAGCUUUCUUCUGUGAUCGUCUGAAGGACCAUCAUGAUGUUAUACCUGCCGCACUGAAAGGAAUCUUAUCAAUUUUGCAAAUGAAAAAUACAGCAAAAGAAUCACCAGCUGAAAUUCUGAGGUCAUUGGUGCUGAACCUGAACUGUCAGGGACAACGCCAUGAAGACAGAUUAGUCAUCUACCGAAUUCUGGAUCUACUAGUUCUUCCUCAUCUUAGCAGUUUACAAGAUCUUGGUCCAGAUUUAGUGUACCACAUUAUGACUGCUGUAGAAGGAGAACGUGAUCCUCGCAAUCUUGUAUUCUUAUUUUCUAUGCUGCCUUCAAUCAUAAAAUCUCUGUCUCUUGGUCAUUUGACUGAAGACUUUUUUGAAAUCAUGGCAUGCUAUUUCCCUGUGGACUUUAAUCCUAGUGCAGAACAACGGUCUCAAAUUACUAGAGAACAACUAGCAACAGGUCUGGCCUGUGUACUUACAGCAAUCCCAAGUUUUGCAGAUUUCGCAAUUCCAUUAGCACUUGAAAAGUUAGAUUCUCCUAUUCGAUUGGCCAAGAUGGACUCUUUACACCUGCUUAUAAAAGGAUUUGAUGAGUUUCCUCCUGAGAAAGUGGCAGUUCAUAUCUCACCAAUUUGGGAGAGUUUAAGCCGAGAAGCUUUGUCUGGUUCAGACUAUGAAGUUAGAGAGUCUUCUAGGAGAGCUGUUACUCACCUUCUACGGUGCCUGUCUGAAUCAUCCACUGUUAAUGAAGGAAAGUCAAACCCAAUGAGACAGUUGCUGAGUGAUGUUGUUGCUGCGUCAACCUCCUGCCUGUCUGAGAUUCAAACCACCCUCUUCAUGCCAGCUGCUGACCUCCUCCUUGCUGCUGCCAAAAGUGCUCCACCUGCUUGUGAAUACAUCCUUACAAAGGUUUUACCAUCAGUUGUUGAUUUUUUCCACACCAAAAAUGAUGCAGCAGAUAGAUCCAUAUAUUUGCGUAUCAUUUCAAGAUUUCUUACAGUGUGCAAGUCUUUUGAAGUAACACCAUUAAAUAACCAAGAGAUUACUCCUCAAUGGAAUUUACUCCUUCAGUUGUACUUAAGUUCUGCAGAGCAUGAAUCAAAUUUGGAACUAAAAGAGGCUUUGUUUGGACUGACCACUUUAACCCCCACUUUGAAUUCAAGUGAACGUGAAAGACUGUACAAUUUACUUAGCACAUUUGUUGAUAGAGAUUGCUCCACCGAAGUGAGAGAACAGUGCAGACUCUGCCUGUGUGAGAUUGGUAUCCAUUUUCCCAAUGAAGUAUUUGAAUGUAUUCUACCUGAAAAACUAAAUUUGUUGGAGUGUGAUGGAGCAAAUUCCAAAUUUGAUCGACGGAUGCAGGCUCAAUGUUGGUUAGCAGCACUACCACCAUUCACCCAAAGAGUUCUUCCCAGCGUCAUUAAAAUUAUUCUUGAAUCCAAGCAUCUUCACCAAAUACAAGCCUCUCUGUCAGCUCUCAGGAAACUGGUUCAAGACAUUCCUGAAAAUGCAGGUCCAAAUCAUCAUGUCUUUGUAAGUUUAAAUGAGAGCUGUAGCAAUGCAGUAGCCCGUCUGACUAGUUGGUGGAGAGAGAGUGUUGAAAAUGCAGGAGAAUGUGCCUGGGUAACUAAUGAGACUAUCUGUAAUGAUGUUUGUUUCAUCAUCAGUAAUGUAACACGACACAGUAGUCCUCAGGACCAAGAGCUUGUUGUACAGCACACAUUACCACUAUUGCAUUCAGUAUGUGCCACAUUUGACCCAUCCUCUCAGAAGCAUCAUCAGGAAGUGAUAAACACAUUUGAAGCAGUGUUUGGCUGUUUACACUGUCAUAUUCCUCUACCAGAGGUUCGAUCUCUAUGUUGUUUACUUUAUAAAAUUUCUGUGGGGACUCCAUUCAACAGUGUCCAUACAUCAUCUAGUCGACUCUGUGCCAGUUUUGUCAACAAAAUGCCCAUUGCUUCUUUGGAAGAUACCCUUUCCGACUUAGAUACUCUUUUACAAUCCUCAUGUACACAAGGCUCUGUUCAAGAAGUUGGCCUAUCAGCUUCUUUUUGUGGGUGGAUUGUGAAGGGCUUGUCAAUGCGUGGCUAUACUAAGCUGGAAAUGUGGAUUGACAAGCUAAUCAAGUAUGUUGGAGCUGAUGACAAACAUAUUGCAAUGAUGGCAGCUCAGUGCUUCAGAGUCAUCAUGGAUGACAGUCCUAUUUAUUUGAAUGAGGGAAGCCACUGUACAGUGAGACUACUGCACAAGCAAAGGGUGUUUCUUUGUGCAUUGAAGAUAGUCAACAAAUCAAAGGAAAUCCAAACUGAGCAGCGCUAUCCCUACUUAUUGGCUGUUAUUAAUCUAUUAGCGGGUGUGUCUCAAAGUGUCUUGUCAAGCAAUAUUGGAGAGGUGUUGCCAUUAGUGCUUGAAUCAUUAUCCCAAGAUUCACCUUUCUUGAUUGAUACAGCAUUGUCCACUCUUAAUGAUCUCUUGACUCAGCCAGCAUUUUAUGAUUCAUUAAAUGAUCAUAUUCAAAGUAUUAUUCCACGCCUGUUACCCUUGACCAUACAUGCUGAUUCAAUGACCAUAAGACAAGUUGCUAUUCGCUGUCUGUAUAAUGUUGCUAAUUUGAAGACGGAACUCUUGCUGCCAUUCAGAGUUGAGGUUCUCGCGCAAUUAACAUUGUGUGUAGGUGAUUCGAAGAGAGGUGUUCGUCAAGAUGCUGUUGCAGCCCGGUCACAGUGGCUUUCUGUCUUCUGGUCUGUUCAGGGGAAAAAAUAGAAUUAGAAAACCACCUACUAUAGCUGGACUAAAGUUUACAGUGAGAUAUUUCAUUCCAGUGUAAGUACCAACCCAAUUGUAUAUGUCAUAAAAGUGUUUUAUCUCAGCUGUCAAUGUUUUCUAUGUGCCAAUACCUAAAAUUAAAGACAUUGUGAGUUGUAAUUCGGUCUGCUGCAAAAGUUGAGAUUCUGAAGAGUGAAUGUCAAAUUAAAGGCAUUCUGAUGUCAGUAGAUUGUGGUAUACUUCAAUAAGCAAAACUAGAUUUAAGAAAAAAGUAAUGAUUGAUUCAAAACUUUAAAUGGGCAUUUAUUUCAGUAAAAACAAUAAAAUGAAAUAGAAAAAUAGUAA